AUGAGGCCCCAAUUGUUCCCCUGCUGGUAUCUAUUGUCCCCCUCUACCUUGCUUGCUAUCGCUUUCCAGCUCUAUUUCUAUGCUUCUGCUGGUUCACAGACCUUGCUUUCAUGCGCACUGAAGAUGGACAUUGAAUCGGUGAGGUGUGCUUGCUGUAGCCUCAAAGAAGACUGCACCCAGGAAUACAUAGACAAUGUCAAGGGCAACUUUGGAGGGAAAUGGCUCUGUGGCUUAUGCUCAGAGGCUGUAAGGGAUGAACUCAGCAAACACAGGAACAGCCAGGAUGGAAUUGAAGAGGCUAUCAAGGCUCAUAUGGAAUUCUGCAGGAUGCCGCUGUCAAGCCCAGCUGUCCGGGUAGCUGAUGGCAUGAAGGAGAUGCUUAGGAGGAGGUCAGGGGACAAGAGGAGGCCAACAACACCAUCAAAGGCACACCCAGCAUAG